UAUAAUAUUGAACAUGACAAGUUGGUAAAUUUGAAAUAACGACACCAACAACUUGCUCUUGUUGGAGGCAAUCAAACCAAUCCAAUACCCUCCCUUCCAUUUUCUCCUUCCUCCACUCUGUUUUUACCCCUUUUCCAUUUCCCUCUCAUCAUCAUCAUCAUCCUCUUCCAUUUCAAUUCAAUGAAAUCCAAAUCCAAAACCCUAAUUCAAUCCACCAUAACCUAACCCUCUCAAACCCCUCAGAAAUUGAAAUUCAAAAUUCAAAACCUCGAUUCAAAACCAGGGUUUCCGAUGGGUGCUGCAACAACGAUCUGGAACCCAGAGUUAAUCCACUACACAUGCAUUGCAAGAUCAAGCACCAUCCUCGCACACCAUGGUUCAGGUUCAAACGACCCAAACAUGGAAGCAUUAGCCUCUGAAUGCUUGGCUUUAACCCCACCAAACCACUCCCUCUUCUCCCACACCGUCAACCACCGCACCUACACCUUCCUCAUCGACCCUCCCUUCGUCUUCUUCGCCAUCUUCGAUCACCGCCACACCAAAUCCCAAACCCUCGCCUUCCUCCACCGCAUCAGAUCCUCCCUAACCGAAACCCUCCACCCCCUCAAGGAUUCCUCCUCCUCGUCCUCGCCUCCGCCGCCGUUGCCACCGCUCUCGCUCCAGACGCAGUUUGAUUUGAUCCUCCGGGAGAUUCUUCAUCUGGAUGACGGGAGCACCAGGUCGCCGCCGCCGGCUGUUGUUGGGGUCCCGCACGGCGAGGGGUUGAAGAAGAAGAAGAGGGUUGUGGAUUCCGCUGCUGUUGCCGCCAAUGGGACGGACGCCAAGGAUAGGGACCUUACCACCGCCGCUGCGAUGGUUGAUGUGAACGACGACCUUGUUUCGCUGCCGGCGGUGGUGACGAAGGGUGUUCCCGGAGAUCAUCACCACCGCCACAAGGCGAAACACGUGUGGAAGAAACACGUGUGGGUAGUGCUGCUGCUUGAUUUGUUUGUCUGUGCGGUUUUGUUCGUGAUUUGGUUGUGGGUUUGCAGCGGGUUCAAGUGCAUGACCUAUUGAGCAUUCAACAUUCAUCAAUGAAGAUUCAUCAAAUUCAACAAAAAGAAAAAAACAGAAAGGAAAAAUGGGACUUUUUUUUGCUUUGUUUUUGUCCUCUUUCUAUUGGGGGAUUCUUAAAUGCAAAGCAUAUAUCUUCUGUGUAAAAAUGGAGGUAAAAACGGUUUGUGUUAAUUGGGGUUUCAAUUUGCUUGUUUUUUUUUUCAAUUUCCAUUGGAAAUUUCCCUUGUUUUCUUGAUGGAAAUUGCAUACCAAGAUCUUGUUUAAGGUUAUGGAUUGUGCCCCUUUGACUGAUUAUGUUUUCUGAUCUUAUACACUAUUGUCUGAGAUUUGCUUA